AUGGCUCAGACUUCACAUUGCUUCAUUUCCCGGGGCGUCGUGGUAGCUCUUCCGCGCCACAUACUAAUUCAAAUCAAAGGCACGAAUAGGCUGUGCUUAUCAUUUGGUCACCCGAGGAACGGAUCUGAGUUGCUGAGAGAUUUUACAGAAGUAGGCAGAUGCUCGUAA